UUUUCAAAACAACCAACCCCCUCCUUAAAAAGACUAUUGCCUCUAAAGACAUUUUAAGCUGAUAUAUAGUAGUAUGAGCCGUCGAGGCCGUUUAACACUGAGAACCACUUCAUGUAAUCAGCUUGCAAAAUUUGAAUUUUCCUGCCCAUAUUUUCCCCAUAGCAAUAAAUUAUGCCAAGUGUUAAAUUUUACAAUAAGAGCUCAAUUUAAAAUARGUGCAGCUGAGAAAAGAUCGAGGAUUUUCCACAUUUGCCUUUUAAUACACUCCGUCAAUUAAUCAAAGUUUCGCCAUUUGUUUUUUAGAUGCUGAAGUUUUUUCUGAAAAGUUGAAAUUGUCAAUAAAAGCUCAAACUGAAUUCCAACCUAAACUGAUAUCCAGCCAUUCUGUACCAAGCAUMAGAACAGAUGAAAUAUUCACCAGCCUUAUGAUUCAGCGUGGAUGGAAACCCAUUGAGAUGAAAGCAACUGGAAGGAUGGAACAGCUAGCGCAAUUUAACACGCCAAAGUYUUGUCUUAUUGACAGAUGUCAAGACAUAUUCAUCAACCCAGACCAAGGCAAGGCCAAUCCAAAAUCCAUUCAAGUGAUUGGAAAACCUGGCAUAGGAAAAUCUCUGUUUUGUCAAAGGCUWUGUAGAGAUUGGGCCGAUGGUGUUUUGUUUCAAAGUAAUGAGUGUAAUACCAAAACGUCAGAYGGUUUUGACUUUGUCUUUUUGAUAACCUUUCGUCAAUUGAAUCUUUUUGAGAACAAAAACGUCAAUUUCCGCGAYGUUUUGAAUCAUUGUUCUGUUGUAGAUGAACACUCAGUCAUAAACGAAUCUCUGUUUGAGCACUUGAUUGAACAUCAGGAAAAGAUCUUGUUUAUCCUUGAUGGCUACGACGAAUAUUCCCAUCKUUCAAGAAUAUAUGAYUGUCAAUUUGAACAGAAUUACCYAUGCAACCAGCGACUUCAGAUGCCUGUGGCUGCCUUGAUUUCCAAACUUUUAAGAAAGAAGGUAUUUAGUGGUUCUGUAGUUAUGGUUACAUCAAGGCCAACAGAAGCUAAUGAGCUGGGAGGGAUACAUAAGGAUGCAUUGGUUGAAAUAGCUGGGUUUUCUACUGACCAAGUUAGACAGUUCAUUGAAAAAUACUUCAAGAAAGAAGAGAUAAAAAACGCUGCAAGAGACCACAUCGUGAACAAUGCAAAUUUACUGAGUUUAGCACACAUUCCUAUGCUGUGUUACCUGAUGUGCUUUUGCUUGGAAUGGCAUAUUGAAUCUGGAAAACAUACAAGUCUCCCAACGACCAUAACAUCACUUUAUUCAGAAGUCGUUGAAAUUUUCGAGCUCAAGCAUCAUUGUAAAUCUCAGUACAGAGCAAGAGACGUUCCCGAGAGCUACAAUGUUCCACAUGUAAUCAAAGAAACAGUGCAGAAGCUGUCGCAGUUUGCAGCGGCAACAUACCUUUCUAACAAAGUCGUYUUCAAUGACGCAGACAUAAGAGAUUAUGGUUUGACAGARCAGGAAAUAARUGAUCUAAAAUCAUGCGGGCUGAUUACCUGUGGACCUAGCUUCAAAACAGGACCGUUUAYGUUCACAAGAGAGUAUUGUUUUUCACAUUUAACACUGCAUGAAUAUUUUGCAGCUCUUGGUUUUAUCAAUAGUGGUACAAUACCAACGCUUGAAGGAGAUGGAAAUGAGAUGGURCUCCAAUUUUGUGCUGGUCUCUUGUAUGGAAAGGAAGACGGCGAGAGGCGAAUGAAAGAGAUGAUAGUGCCAUAUUGCAACAUGAAGAAGGGUCUUUUGGCAGCAAAGCUUCUGCGUGAAUACGGCGACAAGGCAUUGGGAGUCAYGUUUGUUCAAAAAUACCAUUCUUCAUUKUGUGACAAUAAUGGAGUUCUUUUCGGUGAGUCGGUAGAUCUGUCUGACAAUACUGAUUGUGAAGCUUUUACGUGGUUCCUUGGUUGUAUCAAUGAACUUUGUGCUCUUAAGAAGGAUCAAACGAGCUCAUCAUCGCAAGUGGUCUCGAUAAAAGAAUUGAGCUGUUACUUUGAUUCAGUGUCAGACGCAGGUCAAUUAUCUGAGCYACUAAUGCACAAUAGCUGUCCUWUUGUCACCUUGGAUCUGACUUGUGGUGAAACAUUUUUUGUUACGUUGCACCACAGUCAGUCCAACAAUAUAUUUGCAGUCUUACCAUCAACACAAAUCACCGAACUUCAACUAUCUGGUGCUUAUAUUGGUGAUAAAGAUGUAUUACACCUUAGUGCAGUAUUGCCAUUAACACAAAUCAACACUCUAAACCUGAAUUCUCACAAUUUUACUGAUGAAGGCUUAUCAAAACUCAGUGGAGUAUUACCAUUAUCAUGCAUCAACAAUCUACACCUGAAUUCUCACAAUUUUACUGAUGAAGGCUUAUCAAAACUCAGUGGAGUAUUGCCAUUAUCAUGCAUCAACAAUCUACACCUGAAUUCUCACAAUUUUACUGAUGAAGGGUUAUCAAAACUCAGUGGAGUAUUACCAUUAUCAUGCAUCACCAAUCUAUACCUGAGGGGAUAUGGCUUUACUGACAAAGGGUUGUUAUCCCUCAGUCGAGUAUUACCUUCAACACUCAUCACCACAUUACACCUGAUGUGUCAUGGUUUUACGGAUGAAGUGUUAUCAACCCUUAAACGGGUAAUACCAUCAACACGCAUCACAACACUUCGCCUUCUGACGCACACUGGUAAGGUUUUAUCACUGACUCAGUGACUUAMAUCCAUAAGGCAUAAGUCAAGAAAAAUGCAAGCGUACCGACUGAUAAGGUCGACUGAUAAUGCAAGACAUCGACAAAUAAAAGUUUAGGCUAACCAAAAAUAGAAGCACCUUGUUAACCACUUCUUAAUCCAAAAAGCUAUUUUUCACUCCAGGGUUCCAAAGGAAUCCCGAGUUUAGGUUUUGGUCAGUCACUGUCGUCGUCAUCGCUUUUCAGUCACAAAUU